AUGGACUUCGUCAACAACAUACCAUUAAGGCCAACUUCCGUCAAGGUGUCUGUUGAUACAAUGAUUAGAGGAGAUGCCUUUCUUUGGAGACCUGCUCAGAAUAUGUAUACUAUUGCCCAAGCUGUAGGAGAGACCAUUGCGUGGCCUCAGAAUUGUGUUGUAUCACUUGCUGAGGAGUUAGACUUAGAAGAUAUUCCGCCAAAGAAGAGUACUAAGCUUCUGGAGGAUUCUAAUGCUCAGAACUACCUCCUGACCUCACCUAUCUUCUUGCCCAAGCUGGAGGAUCAAGGGAAGUUCACACUUCCUUGUAAACUUGGCCAUUUGGAGCUUGAUAAUGCCUUGGUCGAUUCUGGUACUAGUAUCAACCUGAUAUCACUUACAAUGGCACAAAAACUGAGUAUUCACCAAGCCUUGCAGCGCCCUACUACAUCAAUCAUGUUUGGGGAUGCUACUUCUAAGUCACCUCUUGGUGUGUUCAAGAAUUACCCAUUAAAAGUGGGAGAAUGCAUAAUACAAACUGAUCUUACUGUCUUGAAAAUGGAAGAAGAGAGGGAUGUGCCAUUGAUUUUGGGAACCCCUUUCCUUAGUACAAUGGGCGCAUCAAUUGAUUUCCACAAUCAAGAAGUGAUUCUCCACAAAGUGAACAGUUUGGUAUCCUAUCGCUUGCAGCCCCAGAGUUUUGAGUAUUGUGGAACAAUUGGAACUACACCUCUCAGUUCUAAGAGUCAUGGGCUGCCACAGUUGUGA